AUGGCGCACCGGGGAGGCGUCGCCGACGUGUUGUGGGAGGCCCGGCGGGAGAAGCUGCUGCGGGCGCUGCGCGACGUGUUCGGGCACCAAGGCUUCCGCGGGAAACAAGAGGAAGCAAUGCGAGAAGUCUCGAGCGGCCACGACGCCCUGGUGGUGAUGCCGACCGGGGGCGGGAAGUCGCUGUGCUAUCAACUGCCGGCGGUCGUCGCCGACGGUGUUUGCGUCGUCAUCAGCCCGCUCAUCGCUCUCACGGAGGACCAGCUCCGGGGUUUGUACGAGAAGGGUGUGGAGGCGGCGUCGCUCACGUCCUCCUCCGCUUCCCGAUCGCGCGCGGCCGCGGUGAUGGACGACAUUCUUGCUUACGGCGGCGGCAGCGGCAGCGGCCACAGCACGAAAGAGGGGGUGACAUCAGAGAAAGGAGGCCCUAACAGUCGUGCGGACGGAGCGCGCGCCGCACCGAAGAUCAAGCUGCUGUACGUCACGCCGGAAAAGCUCGCCAAGGGCGGCGAGCUUACCACGGCUCUCGCGGGACUGGCGAAGAGGGGGUUGAUCAGCCUCCUGGCGGUGGACGAGGCCCACUGCGUCAGCACCUGGGGGCACGACUUCCGGCCGGCCUACCUCGAGCUCGGCGCGUUUCGCAAGAAGCACCUCAAGGGGGUGCCCUGCCUCGCCCUCACCGCAACCGCCACAGAAGAGGUGUGCGCGGACAUCAAGAAACAGCUCGGUUUCCGCGAGGGAUCCCGCGUGCUCAAGACCUCCUUCAACCGCGCGGAAAUCCACCUCUCCGUCCACUACAAGGACGCCAUGGAUGGAGGCGCGCUCGAGCACCUGGUUGGCUUCCUGAGGGAGAGGCGUGGCCAGUCGGGGAUCGUAUACUGCCACAAGAGGGACACCGCAGAGGAACUGGCGAAGGCCCUCAACCGAGCGCUGCGAGAGGAGUCCCUACUGGACGGCGGGAAGGCGUUCUUGGCGAUGCCCUACCACGGGAAGAUGUCCGACCACGACAGGACCGAAGCCCAGGCGAAGUUUAUGUCGGGAGAGGUGGACGUCAUCGCAGGCAGCGUGGCGUUCGGCAUGGGCGUCGACAAGAGCGACGUCAGGUUCGUCGUGCACUGGGACCUGCCGAAGAGCAUGGAGGGCUUGUACCAGGAGCUAGGGAGGGCAGGGCGAGACGGAUCGAAGGCGGUCAGCGUGGUCUACCACAGCCGAGAGACGGUCGGACUCCUGGCCUUCUUGGCUAGGAAACCCCGCCCACUCGCAGGUAAGGAGAAAGGGACGGAAGCGGGCCGGAAGCGCCGGCGGCGAGCGUCCCUGAAGGCCGUCAAGGCUGUUGAUUCAGUGGUGGCCUACUGCGAGAAGCAGGGCUGCCGGCGGAAGGCCCUCCUUGCCCAUUUCGGAGAGGUACCCGGGGCACCAGCGGCAGCGGCAGCUGCGGGACAGAAGAAGCGCGGGCCUGCGACAGCUUCCGCGGGCAGCAGCAAAAGCAGCUUCGUACCCACCGAUAUCUGCCGAGGAACGUGCGACUGGUGCGGUGGCGAGCGCGAGAGGAUCAAGACGGACCUCUUGAAGCUGGCGGGAGCUAGGGCCGGGGGGGGUUGGAUGGGCGUGGGCGUGCGCGACCUAGGCGGCCGCGCAGGGGCUAGUGGCAAGGGAGGAGGAAAAGGUGGCGGCGGGGCGCCACAAGACGAUAGCGGGUGGGACGCUAAGAGGUACUAUCGGUUGGCGGGGGAGGAAGACGGCGGCAGCAGCGACGACUCGGGCCAGUGUCCAUGGCCGCUUUCGGCAACGAAGAGGACUACUGGGACAGGCUGGAGCGGCUCGAGGCCGAGGCGGAAGGAAAAACGCCUCCAAACUCCAAGCGGUAGUAGUGGCGGUCGUGGCGUGGCGAGGACAUCAUCGGAGGCAGGCAAACGGCCGGCGAGUGCUGCGCAAAAGCCUCCGGCAGCAAGAAGGAGCGGGGCCGGUGGAAGUGGGGGAGGGGGUGCGGUCGCCGACCUCUUCGCCCAGAUGUUCUCCGGCAAGGGUAGCGGCGGUGGUGGUGGCGGGAAGGGCAUGCCGGACGCAACGGCCAACCCGAGCGCUGCCGCGGCAGCAAAAUGGAGGGAAAAACCCGACCGCCAACAAGAACACCGCAGCAGCGGCAGCGGGGGCAACAGCUUUGUUGUCGGCGGGGUUCAAGCAAGUAGUAGUGGCAGCACGCACAAGCGAAAGUCAGGACAGCACGAAGCAGGUCCGCAGCAGCAGCAGCACCGCAGGAGAAAAGACGCUGCCGAUGGCCAUCAUCCCAGUCCAGCUCCGAGCCUGGCCCCCACUCUGGUGUCGUCCGGCGGUGGCGUUGACGGUCAUCUCACACGCAGAGCCGGCGGGGAGAGGGGUGCCCCCGCCCCACGCGGCAACGGAGGGGGGUCGAGGCGAGCAGAUUAGGGUGGUGGCGAAGCAUGGAAAAUACGUCAGCAGUCACCGCCAAGGGUACCUUUCUAUCCUACCUGUGCCGUGUGUGGAGAGAAUGGGGUCUAGAUGACGAUUAGAUAGGCACUUCGAAGCGCUUCUUCGUAGUCCAUAGCCCAUACCGUAGUGUUUGAGUACCGCCAUCUAACGCACAAAACGAUCGUUGAUUCUGGUCCUAGGAUUGCGAAGACCGCGUUGUUGGCUGUACCACUGGCGUUUCCAUGAUUUUGUCUUGUUGCGGAGGACCAAAGCGAGCGAGCUCGUCGCGUUCGCCGUUAGCUUGCGGGUAUGAUGAAGCG